UUCUACUUUCACUAUCGUCGUUAGCGCACGUCACACCUAGACGACAAGUCAACAGAGAAGCUGAUGAUAUGGCGACAAUGGCUAAACAGAGAAAAAGUCAUGUAAACAUCAGACCACCACCUAAGUACCAGAAAGCAAAGCUGGAUUAUGAGAUCGAAGAGGAUGAAGAUAGUUCAACAAGUUCACAGACGCCAUCAAUAGACAGAACUAGAGACUUGCCAAACUCCAUUGACGAAGACAAAUUGAGGAAUUGGGAAGGAAAGAUUUUGGGAUCAGCAUCAGGAGUAUUUACCUUUAAAGUAUCUCUACCAGCUUUAAUGUUAGCAAUAGCUGUAGGAUAUUACAUAAAGAUUGUCGAAAACCACUAUGAACAUAAAUUCGAAGAGUUAAUGCAAUAUGGAGAUAAUUUGAAAAAAAUAAAGACACUUUCUGAAAAAGUUCCGUCUUUAGAAGACCGAUUAUCCAAGUUCCAGGAAGGAUUAAUACAAAUUGAUGAACGUGUGAUUGGUAUGCAAAGAGAAAUACGUACAGCAAACGAUAAAUUAACAAACGUAGAAUCAAGAGUUAGUUCAAUAUCGGAUACCAGUAGCAAACUAGAACACGAUUUACCAAUACAAAGGAAAAGAUUUGAUGAAAUGGAAUAUAAACUCAAUAAAAUGGGCAUUAAUAUUUCCGAUAUAUCAAAAAAUAUUACCUCAUUUGAAGAUCAAUUAAAUGCUGUUAAGGAGCAAAUUACAAUGACAGAAAAAAAUCAGACAUCUCUGAAAGGUUUGCUUAACAUAACAGUUGAAAAAGCCGAAAAUGUCCACAAACAUGUAUCUAAAAUACAAAAUAUGUAUUCUGAAAUACAGGUUCAUUUGCCUAUUAUAGAGAAAAUCAACAAAUCUGUUACCGUGAUAAUGACAAUUCAUCAACAUCUUCCUCAACUUCAAAGGCGCCUUCGUGGAAAUAAAAUUCGAAUCCAUGGUUUAGAGCUGGAGGUUAAUAAUACUGAGCCAAGAUUUAAUGCUUUAAAGUUAACAUCAGAAAGUGUAGGCAAAACUGUUAAUCAUGUUAGGGAUACACUGACAGAUAUUGAAACGAAAGUAAAGCUGUCUCAAGACGAUCUAUUUCAGCUAAAACAAGGCAUGUCGAACACAGGAAACAUCUUUAAGAAUAGACUGACAAAAUUAGAAGAAGAUUUGGAAACAUCUAAUGGUAAAAUUUUAAAGAGGACAAGUCAAUUAGAUACUGACAUUUCCUCAACAGAAGUUAAAAUAGGUACCAUGAUUGUCAAAGUAGACGAUUACAUGGGGAAACUAGGAAAGUUUGAAAGUUAUGUGGAUUCCCUCAGCGCUGAUGUUAAUAAGAUGAAACCAAUUGUUGAUUAUGCUGACCUUAAGUUACCGGAACUUGAUAUAGACGUUAGAAAUCUGCAGUCACAAAAUACGGGACUGUUCGAACCCAUCAAUGUAUGUGUAGCUUUGGCAUUUAUAUUGAUUGCUGUGCUUUUUUAUCUGAUAUAUUUCCGCUAUGAGAAUGAUGGAACGCAAUUUAGAGAGCAUCAGAGAACAGAAUCGCAUUCGACUCCACCCUUUAUAUCACAGAGGGCUCCUAGUAUACUGGAUAGGAUUCAUAGAGUUCCGGUCUUUGAAAACAAAGUAUGUGUAUUGAGCUUUUACUCUGAAACUAUGAAUUUGCAUAAACAAUUGGUAAAAUCGGCUCUAGCAUCAAGCAGAAGAGGAAACAACAUAGAAGUUAUCCAGCAUCUGGUCAGAAGACAUGAAGAUAUCUCCAGUAUUCCACCUGCGAGAUAUAUUUUUGUAUUUGUCGACUUCAAUGAGCGCAAUGUGAUCUUAGAGAAUCCUGGACAGGACUUAGGCGAUAAGAAACUAGUGACUGUACAAGCUGCGCAGAAAAUUGGUGCUGAUGUAUUUGUGACAUAUGUGAGGGACAGAGGAUCAAACCAAUUAGUUCCAGGUAACUUGUAUAACCAGGAAUUGUCAGCUUUCACAAGUCAUCAUGUCUUGAGGACAUUGGAAAACAAGCAAAGAUGUUUCAGUGUAUAUGAAACAUUUAACAACACACAAAAAGAUUCUAUUGUCCGUUCAAUAUCAUAAGACAAUUAUCAUGUCCUUAAGAGAUUGUGAAACAACCAGAGAUGUUUUAGUGUAUAUGAAACAUUUAACAACACACAAAAAGAACCUAUUGUCUGAACAAUAUCAUGAGACUUUAUACUUUAUUGAAUUGUCAUUGACAUGUGUUGACACUUCAUUUUCUAAUAUUUUAGGCAACUGGGUGUUCUUUUUUUUACUUUUACGUUUAUUUUAUUUUUAAAGGCGAGGAAUCAUCAGAUAACAAACUCUUAACAUGAAUUUUAGUUGUGUUUUCUUACGUUAUGUUGUGUUUUGAUGAAGUGAGUUUUAAUUUCAGUUGAUGCGUGAAUCCUAUUAAUGUACUAACUUGUAUUGUAAAAAUGAUACUAUAAUAAAAAUGAUACCGAUGUCAGUUCAUA